AGUCCUUCAUCCAGCUCAGCAACCUGAAGAGUGCGAGAAACUCUAGGUUCUGUGCUGGAAAAUGACUUUCUUUACAGCUCGGCUAAAAGCGUGAGCUUUCAUCGGCAGGACGAGAAAACAUCGAAACGAACCGAACCCCUUGCGGUGGGUUGUACGGCCGGUACGAUCUUUAUAAGCCGUGCUGAGACGCGUUGCAAUGACAUACUUUGCGUGGCCGGAGCCGCUGUCAGCCCAGCAGCUGAAGCGGCUGGAGGAACACAAAUACAGCGCGUCUGGCCGGUCCUUACUGGAGCCGCCGUGCCAGAUAUACUGGAACUGGUUGGUACAGCAGAUCCCGACCUGGGUCGCGCCCAACACCCUGACCAUAACUGGACUUGUUAUUAAUAUUGUCACGACGGUUAUCCUGGUGUGCUACUGUCCGUCUGCAACGGAGGAGGGUCCGGGAUGGGCCUUUUUCCUCAGCGCAUUGGGUCUCUUCAUUUACCAGUCCCUGGACGCCAUUGAUGGGAAGCAGGCGCGACGCACCAACAGCAGCUCAGCGCUCGGCGAGCUCUUUGACCACGGCUGCGAUGCGGUCUCCACAGUGUUCGUUGCCGUGGGGACGUGCAUUUCCUGCGGGAUGGGGGCGUACCCUAACUGGAUGUUCUUCUGUGGCUUUGUGGGCACGUUCAUGUUUUUCUGCGCACACUGGCAGACCUACGUCUCCGGCACGCUGCGCUUUGGCCUGGUGGACGUGACAGAGGUCCAGAUCGCCAUCAUCAUCAUGUAUCUGAUGACGGCCUUCGGGGGAGUGGGUCUGUGGGACAGCAGGCUGCCUCUUGUAGGGAUAAAGCUGCACACCUUUCCCAUCCUGGGUAUCAUUGGCGGUUUGCUGUUCUCCUGCUCCAACUACUUCCAGGUCAUCAUGAACGGGGGAGUGGGCAAGAACGGCUCCACUGUGGCAGACACCAGUGUGCUGUCUCCUGGAAUGCACAUCGGCCUCAUCCUCACUCUGGCCUUCAUCAUCUUCAAGAAGUCCUCCAGCCAGCUCUUUGAGCUCCACCCCUGCCUCUACAUCCUCACCUUUGGUCUGGUGAUUGCCAAGAUCUCAAACAAGCUCGUAGUAGCCCACAUGACCAAGAGCGAGCUUCAUCUCCAGGACACAGCUUUCAUUGGACCUGGCCUCCUCUUUCUUAACCAAUAUUUCAACAGCUUCAUUGAUGAGUAUAUUGUCCUUUGGAUUGCUCUGAUCCUUUCUGUGGUGGACCUGACUCGCUACUGCACGGGCGUGUGCCUCCAGAUCGCCACCCACCUGCAGAUCCGGGUGUUCAGCAUCACCCCGCAGGGCCACGCCCAGAGUGACUGACGGCUCGCCCAGCGGGAAGAGGCUGGGGCGAGCGAAGACGCCGCCCCGCUGCUGACAGCAGACGCGGAGGACCCCUCGAACCAAACCCUAAUCAGCCUUGACACCGUAACCACCUACAAGUAGACCGCCCAUUCGCAACAACUAAGCAAACUAAUGAAUGACACACGCCUUAUGGUUGUCCGCUGCACUGACAGUGUGAACUACAGAUGAAGGACUGGAAAUAAUCACGGAAAUGCCUUGUGUUAUGGCGUUAGUUUUCCUUUCUCCUGCAUAUUGUUUACAUGUGCUUAAGUCAAGCCAGCCCAGACUUUUAAUUGGUUUAGUGAGCAAACGCGUGAAUCGCACUGACAGACUGAUGCCAUUGGUGCCUUUUUGCUUGACAGAUCCAAAUAGGCAUGAGCCAUACCCACCCUGGCCAUCCUCACAGGUAAAUAUGCGCAGUCUGUUCUCAUAUAACCUGUACACGUUAUACACCAAAAGAGGACAUGGUUUAUGAACGUUUUGUGUCCUCACUGCAACAUGAGAUCUAGUAGCAAGCCAAAAUAAGCAACUUAUAAACACUCCCUUUUUCUUGUAUCAUUUGCUGCACAAAUGCACUGUGUAAUACAGUGGGUUUUUCUGUCAUUAUUUCCAGUUAAUUUCAUCUGAACUAAACUUUUACAAAACAAAUAUGAUUAAAGGAUUACUGCCAUCCUGUUGGGCAAAUGUUGGAUAAUCUCAUGUUUCUCAAUCAGUCAAUUUUUUUUUUUCCAUAUAAUCUAAAUCUAAAUGAAAAUUGUAGAAUAACAAAUCAGGAAUGAGAAAUACCAUCACAUUCACAUGCGAGUCUGAUACCGGGUAGCUUCAAUUUUUAAUAUUCAUACAGGUGGUGAACGUGAUAGCCAAAGAAUCUAACUCUGUGACUUUUGAUUAUUUUGUUCAAAAGCACACCUGUAGACACACCCAGUCUGGCACUUCCCUGCUAUAUGGAAUUUGGUGUCAAAUUUGUAGUCAGCCAGGCAUUCUUUACUGAAAGUGGAAAAACAUGAUAAACCGGUAUUUGCUCAUAAUCAGAAACAUAAUAUUUGAUAUUUGCCCCAAAUGUCUAUAGCAGUAAUUUAAAUGACCACUGAUUGUAUAUGUUUCACUAUUGUAUCAGUCAGUUUGAAAUACACAUUUUCCAAGUUUAAUUAAUUCAUGAGGCAUGGUUAAAAAAAAAAAAAAAAAACACUUCAAACCUCAGAUGAUUUGUAAUGAAAUAACAGAAUGGUAAGGUUUAAAUGUGGAAUGGUAUGUUCCAGAUAAUCUGUCAAGGGCUGCAGGUUUACGGGGGACCAGAGCUCAGUGUGAACUGCUACAGCCAGUGACGACUUCAUACUACUGACCCUCCUCCACACCUACAUCACACCCAUCUCCUCUCAUAGCACUGACAUCUGGAACACACACCUCCCUCCCUGUGGCUCUGCACUGCACUCCAUGGUUCUAUGUGUGGGUGGCUCUCACACCUGAGCUAACUGCAUUACACACACAAGAGGAGCUGGGGUAAAAAAAAAAAAAUCAAUUUUGAGUCCUUGUUGCUGGUUGAUGAUGCGUUCACACUGAGACACUGCCUGCUUUUAAUAGUCUCUUCCCUAAGGGCUAUACGUUUUGAAAAAAGUGUGAUUUAAAAUAAUUCUGUUGAUAGCCUUAAACUAUUUUCAUGUGUUUUUUUGUUUUAAUUUUUUUCCAUUGUAUAUAGAUAUAUGAGUCGGGAUGUAUGAAGUAGCUGAACAUCAAGUACGCAUGGUAGCAUUCUUUUUCCAGCUACAUUCUCAGUUAUUUCCAUUUUUGCAACACUAUUUAUAAUUGCCAUCAUACUAUGAUGGAGAACAUGUGUAUUUAUAACACUUAAGAUGGGAUUGUUCAAAAUUCUGUUCUUGUUUUUCUGAACUUGUUUUUGUUUCCUCUCAGUACACAAACACUUUUACAUAUGAAAAAUGUGUAUAUACAUGGGCACUUGAAAUCUCAAUGCUUUGUGAUAAUUGAUGUAUAAUUGUGAAUUGAUGAUUAGGUGGGUAGAGGACCACUAUGUGACUAGUGCCUAAAGGAUAUGCAGCUCUUAAUGGGGAUCCCAGCUGCAUCCGGUUUAAGAUCUCUCUUCAUCCUAACAGAGUAGGAUAGACAAAGGGAUUUUGUUUAUUAAAGUGGAAAGGGGAUGACUUUUGACCUUAAAAGGCAAUUGUGUGUUUUUUAUUAAAUAACUUGUUUUUUAACCAUGAAAUUGCUAUUGUUUUUAAUACACUCGACAGAGUGAUUUAGAUACUGCCCCUACAGAAAUACUUACGUGGUAUAAAGGAUCAUAGGAAGGACAGAGGCUAUGUUUGUAUUAUGACACCAUCAUUGUGGGUAUUAACUCCUUUGUUACAAGAAAAAACACAAAGCUAUGCCAUUUUCAUUGUUUUAUAGAAAUAAUUUCAACAGAAGUUAGUUUUUUUUUUUUAACUUGGAAUGACAGCAGUGCGUUAAAAGCAAUUCACAUGUACCUCACUUCUGCAUUGUCUGCAUCAACAUAAUAAAUUAGCAACGUUAUACUAACAAAGAAAUGUGA